AUGAAUGUGGUAAAUAUUUGGGGAUUAAUGCGGAUUUUGGAGGGGAGGAUUAAUGGGUGGGCUGAACAGUUUCUUUCUCCUGCUGGAAAGGAAGUUCUUAUUAAGGCAGUGGUUAUGGCGUUGCCAAAUUAUGCGAAGUUGUGUUUUAAGCUUCCUGUGGGACUAUGUAGGGAGGUGGAAUCUGCUAUAUCUAAUUUUUGGUGGCGGGGAAAUAAGGAUAAAGGAGGUAUGCAUUGGGUUUCAUGGCAGAAAAUGAAGCGGAGUAAGAAGACCGGUGGCCUUGGGUUUCGAGAUUUACUGGCUUUCAACUUUAGCUUAUUUGGCAAAGAUUGGGUGGAGAAUUAUGCUUAA